CUGCAGAACAAAAUCAAUCGAAUACACGAGGAAUUGUCAAACUGUCUUUCUACACUUGAAAAAGGAAUUGAGGAUUAUGAGAAGAAGAAGAUAGCACAACUCAACGAAAUUUGUGUGCUUUCUGCUCAAAUCUCUGAACUCACUGAUCGUGUAGAGAAGGCGCGUCUGAGAGAAAAUGAAUUGGCUGAAAGAAUUGCAAGAUGGGUGGAGUAUUUAAAAGAACAGAAAGAAAAGAUGCUUUCACGUGACUCACGUCUUUGUGCAACAGGAACGCUAUCUGCAGCUAUAUCUGAAGAUAUUGAGUACAAUAUAAAUAUGCUUAUGGAAAUGAGACAAAGAGUUGAUGCGAAGCUUGCUGAAACUAAAAGUAGAAAGAGGGAGCAUAAGGCAUGUUAUUUGGAGUUGAUAAAACCAAGCAAAAAUAUUAAUGCAGUUCUUUAA